GGUAGGCACUUUCCUAGAAGUCCUUCCCCGCGAGAGAAUACAGGGCAUAAGGAACAGGUUCUCUCUUGGUUAGGUCUUAUCACCGACGUUGAUUUUCCCAAUAUGGGUGGCUUGUAUGGUGGACACCUAAGCCCUGUUCCAGUUGACAACUUCAAAUCGCCCCGGAUCCCAUCCCCACCACCCUGCCUAUAUUAUCCAAGAAAACCCAUCACAGUUUCCACCCCAUCAAGAACUCCUUCCCUUUCACAUGACCCAUCUGCUAAGAUUUGCCAUCACAGGCGCUUCUUUCGCAUCUCAAAAGCUCGCCCAUCUCACUGAUCAGGCUGGUGAGUUGUAGCCUCGAGAGAGGAAAGUGACCGUUCAAGGAAAUGGCAGCCACCAACAACGACCGGGAGUUUGAGGACAUGUUGCCGGUGAUGGCAGAGAAGCUCGAUGUGGAGACUUUCGUGUCGGAGUUGUGUGGGGGAUUCAGGCUCUUGGCGGAACCCGGAAGUGGUUUGAUAACAUCAGAGAGCCUAAAGAAUUCAGCCCUUCUGGGAAUGGAAGGAAUGAGCGUAGAAGAGUCCGAGGCGAUGGUGAGAGGAGAUCUCGACGGGGACGGUGUCCUUAACCAAACAGAGUUUUGCAUCCUGAUGGUGAGGCUCAGCCCUGAAUUGAUGCAAGAUGCAGAGGCUUGGCUUCAGAAGGCCCUUGAUGAGGAGCUCGCCAAAGCUUCCGGUCAGACUCGUGUUCCUCCGACGAGUUCAGAAGAAUUUUCAAUCACUAAACGGUGCCCAGUUUGUAACAAAGGCGAUGGAAGGACUCAUCGAAUUUCUUUCCAUCGCGGAUGGUCCUUCCAGUGGAAUAAGUAGGAAAGAGUUUAGGACUACGUGAACCACGUUCACUUUUCAUGUUCCUGCUUCUACUGCAUCUAUUGACAAUGCCCAAAAGCCAGUUGCAGCUCAUCUGUUUCAUUGGUUACAUUCCCAUCGUACGAAUGGGCAUCAUACCAUACAUAUCUACUGCAGAAUCAUUAGACAUCGCAUCUGCCCAUUUUCUUCAAAA